AUGAAACAAGAUAAUAAACUACAAAUAAAUAUCGAAAAUGAAACAUUAUCAUUAACUGUACUUAAAAUUGUUCCUGAUAAUGAUACACCAAUAAAAAAAACAGUACAAUCAGGUUUUCUUAUUGGUACACCAUCAUCAACUGGUACAAUAAGUUCAUCAUCAUCAUCAUCAACAUCAAGUAAUACACAUUUUAAUUAUGAUGAAAUUCCACAAAUAAAAAAAACUGAACCAACUCCAAGUUCAUUCUAUUGGCCAUCACAAUUACGAAGACAAUUAAGUCUUAAUUUAACAAAUAAAACAUUAAAUCUACCUCCAUCAACUCCAUAUACCCCUCCACCAAUGCUUAGUCCAUUUCGUAAAGGUCCUGGUCUUUAUUAUCGAGUUUUUUCUCAACCAGGAACAUCAACAGAAUCAUCAUCAAUACCAACAACACCACUUCCACCAUAUACACCUAUAGGUGAAGAAUCAGCAGGUCCUAAAAUUAAUAUUGGAUCAGAAUAUCAAGCAAAAAUUCCUGCAAUUCGAACAAAAUUAUACGAUGAUGAUGAAGUAACUGCUGAUGAAUUAUUAUUUUCACCAUAUGAAUUAUCAUAUGUUGAUGAAAAAUCUCUUGAAAAAUUUGAACAAUUAAAUCGAACGAAUCCAUAUUUAUUUUCAUCACGUCAUUCACCAAAAUCAUAUUCAAUUGAAUUAAUUUAUAUGUUAUUACAUGAAUAUAAUGGUAAUUUACCACGUACAUUAGCUGCUUUACUUGAAGGUACAGUUAUGGAUAUAAAACAAUGUCGACCAAUACAUUAUUAUCAUUUUCUUGAUUGUGAUAAAUGGACAAAAGAAGAAAUUGAUGCUUUUACAAAAGCUAUACAAACAUCAGAAAAAAAUUUUCAACUUGUUAGUCAAGCAGUUGGAACAAAAAGUGUUAAACAAUGUAUUGAAUUUCAUUAUAUGCCAAAAACUAGUAAAACUGCUCGAAAAAUAGUAUCAACAAGAACAAGUUGUGUCAUGACUAGACGAAAACGAUAUCAAAUGAUUAAAGCAAAACAACAACAACAAUUCGAUGAUGAAAUAUCAUCAUCACCAUCGUGUAGUGAAUUUCGUUUAGAUGAUGAUGGUUCAACAAUGAAUAGUGAUAGUUCUCCUGCAGCUCAUUUUUCCUGUGAUAUUGAUGAAUGUUCACAAACAUUUACAACUGAACGAGCAUGUCGUGCUCAUCGUAAAACCCAUCGUCAAACUAAUAAUAACAUGACAUCAUUGACAAUUACAAAACGAAGUCGAAAUAUUGAUUGA